AUCAGUCACGCCGAUGAAUCGUCAAAUUAGACGUGUCACUAAGCGGCAGGCUCCCGGUGGCAGGAACUAAGUGUUCAAAAUACUCAUCAUCCUAAUGCGAUAACGUUUGAACAAUUAAAAACUUCCAUAAAUUACGAGUUAUCCGCAAUUUUAUUACAUCGGUUUAAAAUAUGAAAUGUAAUCCAGUUAUUUUUGUAGUUUAUUUCAAUUUAUUUGGGAUACUUGCUAGAACUGAGUUUCCAGGUGACGAUGGAGGCUGGUGCUCGCAUGCAGAUUCCAGCUUGACUGAUGAGGGUCCCUGCACUAUUGACAUAUGGGACACCUCGCUGACCUAUAAACAGUUUAUCCAGGGGUAUGCCUACACCAAACCAGUUAUUAUCAGAGGGUUGUCCGAUAAUACGGAGUUCCGGCUGAUGUGCUCAAAGGACCAUCUCCUGCGAGAGUUUGGGGAGCGGCGGGUCAGACUAAGCACAGCUAACACCUUCUCUUACCACAAAGCCUGGUCUGAUGUCCUGCCUCCCUUCACAGUGGAUGUUCCAUUCCAGGAGUUUGUGGAAUACCUGCUGAAGCCUCAGUCUCUCAGUGCUCUCGGAAGUGAAACCCUCUAUUUUUUCGGAGACAACAAUUUCACAGAAUGGCAUAGCCUGUUUGAGAAGUACCACUCACCAAGUUACGUUCUACCACAUACCAGGGGGGCCUAUAGCUUUGGAAUCGCAGGUCCAGGAACCGGAGUGCCUUUCCACUGGCAUGGUCCAGGGUAUUCUGAGGUCAUCCAUGGCAGAAAGCGCUGGUUCCUCUACCCCCCCAACCACGAGCCAAAGUUCCACCCCAACCGCACCACCUUGUCUUGGGUCACAGAGACUUACCCAACCUUGACAGCCACCCAAAGACCCUUGGAGUGCACCAUCCGACCAGGGGAGGUUCUCUACUUCCCUGACCUCUGGUGGCAUGCCACACUCAACCUGGACACUAGUGUCUUCAUCUCCACUUUCCUGGGGUGACAUUUUGCCUGGGGAUUGCCUCAGUCGGAGGACACUUCAAUGAUAAUUAAUACCAAUGAGUGACGAAAAGAAUCUACUGGCAAUUGAUAUUAAAUGCUUUUGGUUUUA